AUGGAGCAUGUCCACACGAAACCUGAGUAUCAGCCUCUAGCGAAAGAUGAGGAAGACCAAAGCUAUGUGGCAUUGGAAGACCAGAAACGAUCAAGGUCUCAGACGCUCAGGUGCCUAGCCGUCAUAGCCUGCUUCUUCCUGACAGCGAUAGGCUGUUACUUCGCCGGGCGUCUUUCCAAGCCCGGGCAAGCAAGCCACCAGAAGGGUGACGCGGCAGGGUCAACCGCGCCGCAAAUCUCAGUACCCGGAAUAGUGGGAGAGUUCGUGUUCAAAUCGCCCUUCUCGCAAGAGCCACCACAGGGCGAGGGAGCAGGCGACGCGUCGGAGCCGAUAUGGGACGCCCUGAUACCGAACGGGGUGGGGUACUUCAGGGACGGUGAUCUCGCGCCAAAGAUCUCCAUCCCGACCGUCUUCCACCAGCUGCACUGCCUCUACGUCCUGCGGCGGGCGUAUUACACGCGGUCUGGCGAGCUCCAGAGGUUCGACUUUGGCAAGAACCGAACUAUCCAUGCGGCUCACUGCUUCGACUAUCUGGAGCAAAGCAUCACGUGUGCGGCGGACAGCACCGUUGAGCCGGCGGAGGACGACGCAAACGGGUUUCUGGGCAGUGGCUUCCCCAGGCAAUGUCGCGAUUUUGAGGCCUUGAAGGACUAUGUUGAGCGGUGGAGGGUUUUCAAUGCCACUGGGUUUCUUGCACAUGGCCUGGAGCAUGGACAGGUACACAUCGAUAGAACAUAA